AUGAAUGCCCGACUUAUAAAUUUAUCCGAAAUUGUGCAAAGGAAGUCUGAGGCAUCCUUAAAAUGCCUCCAGAGCAACGAAUUCUCUUACACACUGCAAAGUAAUGGAAAUUCAAUGGAAGGUUUCGCAGAACUUAAAGAUGCAAUCAACUCACAUUUAGAUGGCGAUGUUGUAGAGCCUGUUCGGCCAUUGAACAAUGAAUUUCUGGAACAUUCAAAUGAAUUUUACAGUAAACCGUCAUUCCAGCAUGAUAUUGGUUCAUGGACAACCUUCUAUCCUGAGAUUCCUAAAAUGCAUCAGUGUCAGAUGAAUGCUUUUGAGAACCAAUAUUAUCCAUUUCCUGUUGAGAAUCGAUUUCAAUAUGCUCCAUACAAUAUGUGCACUCAAGGUUACCCCAUCGAUUUCCAGUUUCAGGACUUCCAAUAUUUUGUGGUCAUUGAUUUUGAGGCUACCUGUGACAAGGAAAGAAAUCCCCAUCCACAAGAAAUAAUUGAGUUUCCAUCAGUCAUCGUAAGCAGUGUGACUGGCCAACUAGAAGCGUGCUUCCAAACAUAUGUGCGGCCAACCUGCAACCAACUCCUGAGUGAUUUCUGCAGGGAUCUGACUGGUAUCCAACAAAUUCAGGUGGAUAGAGGGGUCACCCUAAGUGAGGCUCUCCUUCGGCAUGACAAAUGGCUUGAGAAGAAGGGAAUAAAGAACACCAACUUUGCCGUAGUAACAUGGUCAAACUGGGAUUGCCGUGUGAUGCUGGAAUCAGAGUGCCGAUUCAAGAAGAUCCGUAAACCUCCUUAUUUUAACAGAUGGAUCAACCUAAAAGUUCCUUUCCAUGAGGUUUUUGGUGGUGCAAGGUGCAACCUAAAGGAAGCAGUUGAGAUGGCUGGCUUGGCAUGGCAGGGACGUGCUCACUGUGGCCUGGAUGACGCCAAAAACACUGCUCGCCUACUUGCCCUCCUCAUGCGUCGAGGUUUCAAAUUCUCCAUCACAAACUCACUGAUGUGGCAGACCACUGAUGUUUCAUUGACAUGGAAGCAGUUCCCAGAGAACAUGUCGUGUACAUAUCAUCAUCCCCAGAAAGUGAAGGAUAUGCAUGUUCCCCUUGUCCAAUAUCAUCCUUACUGUUUCUGUGGGGUGAAGAGCAGCAGAGGGAUGGUACGGAAACCAGGGCCAAAGCAAGGGAAUGUUUUCUUUGGGUGCGGUAACUGGACCGCCAUGAAAGGUGCUCGCUGCCAUUACUUUGAAUGGGCAUCUCCCUGACUCAAAGAAAGUAUGCAGACUCAUUCCAUGUUUGGUCAUGGUAGAAUGGUAUCUAAAGACCCUCAAAGAAUUCUGAUGUAAAAAAACAGAAAAGAAAAAAAGAAAAGAAAAAAAAGAAAAACCUAGGGAGAGUGAGAGAGAGAGAGAGAGGUUGGUGUUGUGGCUUAAUGGAAGCUUUAUGUAUGCCUCUGCUGAUCUUGGCAAGGUUUGUUUGUGUUUCUUAGAGAACACAAGGUUAGGGUAGCUUGUCUGGCGAAAAUGGAAAGUUACUAAGAGAGCUUCAGCCUGUAAAGCUGACUUAUCAUUGACAGAAAAGAUUGGGAAUAUGAGUGGGGUUAGUAGUGUUAGAUUAAAAUGGUUUUACAUGCUUAGACAUGCUAAAUUAUCAUCAUAAAUAAACUCUAAUAGGGAGAGUCUGGUUUCCUAUGCAUUCCAAUGCGAAUCAUCAGAGUUGCCGGCAA